GUGGUGACCCUGUGAAUGAGAAUCCAACGCAAAUAUAUACAAGAAAAUUACCAGCAGCCCAGGACUAUUAGACCCAAAAGGAAGACUCACAGGUACUUCUCAAACUCUUCAGCUUUCUUAAAAAACGCUGCAAGCCUUUUUCCUCUUCUUCAAUUCCUACUCUCUGAUUUUCUCUUUACUUCAAUUAUUCUCAUAAUUCCUUUGUCAAAGCUAUUCAUAAUGGCUUUCAUUGGAGAGGCUGCUCUAUCUGCUUUCUUUGAGGCCUUGUUUGCAAAGUUUACCUCUUCCGAGUUCGAGUUUAUCACUGACAAAAGGGUUCGAAAGGAGAUUGAGAAAUGGAAGCAGACAUUGAAGAAUAUCCAUGCAGUGCUUGCUGAUGCAGAGUGGAAGCAAGUGCGGAGUGAUGCUGUGAAGAUGUGGCUGGCUGACCUCAAAGACUUGGCUUACGACUUGGAUGACAUCUUGGACGAGUUUGCCACUGAAGCUUUGGGGCGCAAGUUGGUGAAAGAACAUCAAGCCAGCACCAGUAUGGUACCAAAGGUUAGGCCUACUGGUUUACAACCAAGUUCCAUCAUGUUUAAUUAUAAGAUGAUGUCCAAGAUCAAAGAGAUUACUAGAAGAUUGGAAGGUUUAGCAACACAAAAGAGUAACUUGCAGCUAACGGAGAUCAGUGUUGGAAUGUCUAUGACAAUCCCAAGGAGGCCGCCAAGCACUUCUUUGGUGAAUGAAACCUAUGUACGUGGCAGAAACAAAGAGAAGCAGGAGAUACUUGAUUUGGUUUUGAGCAACGAUGGUGGUGAUGGUGGAGUUUCUGUGAUUCCCAUAGUUGGCAUGGGAGGAAUUGGAAAAACAACCCUUGCUCAGCUUGUUUACAAUGACGACAGCAUAAAAGAUCAUUUUGAUCUUACAUCAUGGGUAUGUAUUUCAGAUGAAUUUGAUGUCGUUAAGAUAACAAAAGCAGUUCUACAAUCGGUCACUUCUGAGCCUUGCGAUGAAAAGGAGUUCAAUUUGCUUCAAGUCAAACUGAAGGAGAAGCUAUCCAGAAAGAAAUUCUUGCUUGUUUUGGAUGAUGUUUGGAACGAGAAAUACAGUGCGUGGUUGGAGCUUCGACCCCCUUUCGAUGCAGGGGUCCCAGGAAGCAAAAUAAUUGUUACAACACGUAGUUCCAAUGUUUCAUCCAUUAUGAGAACUACUGCAGAUUACUCGUUGCAAUACUUAUCAAAUGAAGAUUCUCUCUCUGUACUUGCUUGUCAUGCAUUAGACAGAGGGGACUUUACUGAGCAUCCAGACCUGGAAGAGAUCGGCUUGAAGAUUGUGAAAAAGUGUGGUCGCUUGCCUUUGGCAAUUAUAACCAUUGCAGGGCUAUUGCGCACUAGGGUGAAUCAUGAUGCAUGGAAAGUGAUAUUAAAGAGUGAUAUUUGGAAGCUAUCUGAAGAGAAAACUAACAUAGUUCCAGCUCUUUUGUUGAGUUACUAUUCUCUUUCUUCACAAUUAAAGCAAUGUUUUGCUUAUUGCUCUCUAUUUCCUAAAGAUUAUGAAUUUAGCGUGGAAGAAACAGUCCAAUUAUGGAUGGCAGAAGGUUUUCUAAAUGGAGCAAACACUGAAAGGAGAAUUGAAGAUCUGGGUAGGGAGUGCUUUGAAGAAUUGGUGUCAAGGUCAUUUUUUCAAGCAUCUGGCAGGGCUCAAUCUUUGUUUGUAAUGCAUGACCUGAUUAACGAUCUGGCUCAGUUCGUUGCAGAAGAAACAUAUUUUAAAAGGGAGAGAAAUGAGGGAAUGAAGAACCCAAGUCGCACUCGUCACUCUUCUUAUGUCAUCGGUGAGUAUGACGGAAUCAAAAAGUUUGAGACCUUUUUUGAAGCAAAGUCUCUACGGACCUUCUUGCCAUUUGACACAAUGAUGCCGUUGCAGUAUGCUAAGUGCUUCUUAAGCGAUAACGUUCUCGAUGAUUUACUGCCGAGAUUGAAAUGCUUGAGGGUGCUCUCUUUGAAAAGGUACCACAUCUCCGAAAUACCAGAUUUUAUUAGAAUCUUGAAACAUCUACGUUAUCUAGAUUUCUCUUAUACUGGUAUUCGAAGUUUACCUGAUUCUUUAUGUACCCUUUACAAUUUAGAGACUCUUUUGUUAAGAUUUUGUAAGAAGCUGGAGAAAUUGCCCUCAAAAAUAGGAAUUUUGAAAAACCUAUGCCAUCUAGAUAUUAAUGGUGCAGUUUCUAUAAAGGAAAUGCCAAGUGGAAUUGGUGAAUUAACAAAUCUCCGAGCAUUGUCUGAUUUUAUUAUCGGUCAAGCAGAUGGACUAAAUAUAAGAGAGAUGCAGAAUUUAUCAAAUCUCAAAGGUCAGCUUUGUAUUUCUGAAUUGCAUAACGUGGAUGAAGCAGAAUAUGUACAUGAUGCUAAGCUUUCUAGCAAGUCUGGCCUCGAUUAUUUAGAGUUGAAAUGGAGUGAAGACUUCAAUGAGGAUUUAAGAAAGAAAGAAGUUGAGACAGAAGUGUUGAAGUUGCUCCAACCUCAUAAAGAUAUCAAAGAGCUUGCCAUCAAGCAUUGUGCUGGCAUAUUGCUUCCUAUUUGGAUAGGGGAUCCUUCAUUUCGAAAGUUGCGAUAUUUAGAGUUUGAAGAUUGUCGAAAUUGUGCAUUAUUACCCGCAGUUGGAAAGCUACCAUUUUUAAAACAUCUUUACAUCAAGGGGAUGAGCAGUGUGAUUAGUGUUGGCAAGGAAUUCUAUGGAGACAAUUGCCCAAAUGUAUUUCCAUUGUUAGAGACAUUACAUUUUCAUGAUAUGCCAGAAUGGGAAGAGUGGGAGCCUUGUGAAGUUGUUGAAGAAGGUAGAAAAUUCAGUUGCCUCCAAACCCUCUUCGUUACAAAUUGUCCUAAAUUGGUUAGAACUUUGCCCGACGGCCUUCGAUCUUUGGAGAAACUUGUAAUUUUGAAUUGCCCAGAAUUGGUAGUUUCAAUUUCAAAUCUUCCAAAGCUAUAUGAAUUAAAAAUUUUUCGAUGCAAGGAAGUAGCAGUUGAGAGUUCCAGUGAUCUUUGGUCAGUGAAAAAAAUCUUUCUUUUGGACAUUGCAAAGUUUGAACGUGUAACAAAAGAAAUGAUGAUGUUAGAGUCGAUGAAAGUGGAAUAUCUCACUAUCCGUGGUUGUUGUGAGGAGCUAGCUUCUUUAUGGCAAACAAAGUGGGGGUGGUUGGCAUCUUUGAGAUCUCUUCGUAAUUUAGCGAUUCAAUUUUGUCCGCAAAUUGUGUCUAUAGGGGCUGCGAAGGAGGAGGAACAAGCAGAGCUUUCGCAAUUAGACAUACCCUGCAACAUUGAACAUUUGACAUUACAAAUUUGUGAAGGCUUAGAGAAGUUAUCAGCUACCAUGCAGAACCUCUCAUGUCUUAGAACGUUAAAUCUUGGGGGGUGCCCAAAAUUGGUUUCACUUUUGACAGAUAACUUGCCUCCAACUCUUAAAAAUUUGGAGAUCUACGGUUGUGAUAAUUUGGAAUGUUUACUGGAUGACAGAGAGGAUAUCAAUUUCAGCAGCACAUCUCUCCUUGAAUAUCUUAGAGUCAACCAUUGUGGAGCUCUAAAAUCAUUAUCAUCAAGCGGUAAGUUACCUGUGAGGCUUAAAUCUUUGACAAUCUGCUGCCCAGAGCUUGAUUAUGUAGCGCAUGAAAUUGGGGAUAAUAUUUGUCUUGAAUCUAUUGAGCUCGUCGAUUGUACAAAUAUUAAUUAUUUACCCCAAGGACUGGACAGGCUGAGCUGUCUUCAGAGAAUUCACCUCCAAAGUUGUUCAAAUCUGGAUUGUUUCCCAGAAAGUGGUUCCCCUGCCUAUAACCUCAAAUCUGUACAUCUCUCUGGAUGUGAACUUGAAGUUCUGCCCAACUUCUACUCUCUUCAGGAGUUGUCGAUAAGUGAUUGUCCAAUGACGAAAUCAAUCGGAGAAGCAGGUUUGCCUACCAACCUGACGUCACUUGCCAUAGAGGAUCCCAAUUUUAGUAAGGCGGUAAUGGAGUGGGGAUUGCAUAGACUCACCUCUCUUAAAGAACUUAGCAUUGUUGGUAGUGAUUUGAUAGAUGUCGUGUCGUUUCCACGUGUGAAGAUGGGAAUGAAUAUGAAGCUGCCUCCUUCUCUCGCCAGUCUUGAAAUCAGAUAUUUCGAAAAUCUAAGAAAGCUAUCCUCCAAAGGCUUUCAAAACCUCACCUCUCUUCAAUAUUUGAGCAUCGAGGAAUGCCCAAAGCUCAAAUCCCUUCCCAGAAAGGAAAUGCUUCCCUCCCUUUUGGAUCUACAUAUUUAUAGUUGUCCAGUGCUGAAGAAAAGGUACAGAAGGGACAAAGGAAAACUAUGGUCCAACAUUGCUCACAUACCAUGUGUUUACAUUGACGGUGAAUUCCAAUGAUCAAGGUGGAAGAAUAAUUAGAGCAUGUAUGAAGGACUCAGCUUUUUUCCAGAUGUUUAACCCUAGAAGAGGGUUUUAUAGACAAGUCUCUAAUGGUGUUGAUAGAUUGUUGGAUGUGGCCUUGUCUUGUUUCUACAAGAGGAGACAGGAUUGAUAUUAGAAGAGGGAUUUCUAUCCAAAGGCUUUCAAAAUCUCCGGACCGAAAAAAUUGAAGCAGGGAGGAAAAAGAAACUGGAAAAGAAGGAAAAAGAGCACAACUUUGAUAUUCUGGCACUGUUUUGUGGUUCUUAUAGAUUUUUUUCUGUGGUUGCGUGGAUACUUUCAAUACCAACUUUCGAGUUAUGUGGUAAAGAUUUUGUGGAAGAAAUGCAUUUCCAACGGAAGCCAGGUAACUAUAUGGAUAACAAAAUUCAUGCAUUCUAAAGCUCUCUCAGGAUUCAAUGACAGGAAGUUCUUCCGGUAGCAUUAUCGAACUGAUUUCAUCGUUAU